AUGGAGCAAGUUUAUGAUUCUGCUAUGACUUGUUUUGUUUGGACUUUGGUAGCAAAAUCAAUAUUUUCAGUUGGUAUAAAUGUUCACUUGGGAAUAAUCACAAAAAACGAGUUUCAGAUAAUGCUAACAUUCAUGAAGAAGCUAAUGGGUUCCAGUAGCAAGAACAACGAUCAAAUGUCGUCAAAUGCUAGCAGAGUAGUGCCAUCGUCGUCAGCAGCUGUCAAAAUUUACAAAGAAUAUGGUGACGACGACGAUGAUGACGAUUCUCCUGAUACUGAUACUGAACAAUCGAUUAAAAUAUAUUUCAAACAUAAAACAGAUAAACUAAUUAAAACAGCAAAAAACUUUCAUGUCAGCACACCAAUCAACGCCAAUCAUUUUGAAUGUUGCUCGUCUAUAAAUAACAUUCACUGUUGUAGCUGUUUGGUGGCCGAAGUCGUCAACGCUGGCAAUACUAACUGCGUUGAGAACGUGCACAACAUUAACAACAACAACAACAACAUUAACACUAACAACAGUCCAGAUUUAAAGAAUGAUGGUAUUCAUUUCAACACUGAGGACAGUGAUAAUCAAAUCAUCAGAACAUUGCCAGCUCCUGACAACCGCAAAAGUUCAUCAUACACAGACGAUGGCAACGCACUGAAUGAUAUUCGCCAUAACAUCCUUGCUAACAACGUUAACAUCUAUUGCAGUGUAGGCAGCAGUCAGAGCAUAGUCGGCCGGGCAAACCACAUCUUUGAAAACUCUCCACUAAAUCAAAUGAAUUUCGAACAAUCGUCUGAUAAUUUUUUAGCAACUUCUAAAAGAAAGUCUCUCGAACGCAAAAAAUUGAGUGAAAUUUCAAACAUGCCAGUAACCACUUCAGCAUCGCCACCAGCAGCAGCAGCAACCACGCCUACAUCAUCAACACCAAAAAAACUAGAUGUCUGUUGUUGUGUGAACUGCAAACACUUUAGAUACAAAGAGGAUAAAAUUGUGGUGAAGAAUAAUUCUGAUUUAUUGCAGUUUAAAGGUCAGUACAGCAAAAGUUAA